AUGGCUCUUCUGUUCUCCUUGAUCCUUGCCAUCUGUACCAGACCCAGCCUCUUAGAAUUUCCAUCCAGAGUGAGGCUGGUGGGAGGUCCCCACCGCUGUGAAGGGCGGGUGGAGGUGGAAAGGAAGGGCCAGUGGGGCACUGUGUGCGAUGAUGGCUGGGACAUGAAAGAUGUGGCUGUGCUAUGCCGGGAACUGGGCUGUGGAGCAGCAAAGAAAUCCCCUAGUGGUUUUCAAUAUGAGCCAUCUACAGAGAAAGAGCAAAAGGUCCUCAUCCAAAUGGUGAAUUGCAGUGGGAUGGAAGAUACGCUGGCUCAAUGUAAGCAAGAUGAAGAUGUUUUUGAUUGUUCACUUGAGGAGGAAGCUGGAGCAUCAUGUGAGAACCCAGAGAGCUUCUUCUUUCCAGUCCCAGAGAGUGUGCGGCUGGUUGAUGGCCCUGGGCGCUGUGAGGGACGAGUGGAGGUACAGCACCAGGGCCAGUGGAGCACAGUGUGCAAAACAGGCUGGAGUUUCCAGGGUGCAAAGGUGGUGUGCCGGCAGUUGGGAUGUGGGAAGGCACUACUGAUCCGAAAACACUGCAACAAGGCUUUCCAGGUACAAGAACCCAUCUGGAUGAGUCAGAUAUCAUGCACAGGACAAGAAGCAGCUCUUCAGGAUUGCCAUUUUGGGCCAUGGGAAAAGAACAACUGCACCCAUGAUGAGGACAUGUGGGUGGAGUGUGAAGAUGCCUUUGAAUUGAGGCUGGUAGGAAGAGAAAACCUCUGCUCUGGGAGACUGGAGGUACGGCACAAGGGCGUGUGGGGCUCUGUCUGUGAUGAUGGCUGGGGAGAAGAAGAGGACCAAGUGGUGUGCAGGCAACUGGGCUGUGGAAAGUCCCUCUCUCCAUCCUCCAAAGCCCGGAAAAGCUAUGGCUCUGGAGUGGGCCGCAUCUGGAUGGAUGAUGUUCACUGCUCAGGGGAGGAGCAGUCCCUGGAGCAGUGCCAGCACAGGUUUUGGGGGUAUCAUGACUGCACUCACAAGGAAGAUGUGGCUGUGAUCUGCUCAGAACAGUAUCCUGGAAUUUUUGAGGCUUGA